GUCCUCUUGGCUGCCGCCGCCGCCGGGGCCACCGCCCACUCGGGGCUGGCCAGCUGCGGGCGGCCGGGGCACAGAGAAGGGCCCGGCUGGGCGAGCGCACGGCCAUGGCCCCGUGGCUGCAGCUCUGCUCCGUCUUCUUCACAGUCAACGCCUGCCUCAACGGCUCGCAACUGGCUGUGGCCGCUGGCGGGUCGGGCCGCGCGCGGGGCGCCGACACCUGUGGCUGGAGGGGAGUAGGGCCGGCCAGCAGAAACAGUGGGCUGCACAACAUCACCUUCAAGUAUGACAACUGUACCACUUACUUGAAUCCAAUGGGGAAGCACGUGAUUGCUGACGCGCAGAACAUCACCAUCAGCCAGUAUGCUUGCCAUGACCAAGUGGCAGUCACCAUUCUUUGGUCCCCAGGGGCUCUCGGCAUUGAAUUCCUGAAAGGAUUUCGAGUAAUACUGGAGGAGCUGAAGUCAGAGGGAAGACAGUGCCAACAACUGAUUCUAAAGGAUCCGAAGCAGCUCAACAGUAGCUUCAAAAGAACUGGAAUGGAAUCUCAACCUUUCCUGAAUAUGAAAUUUGAAACGGAUUAUUUUGUAAAGGUGGUCCCUUUUCCUUCCAUUAAAAAUGAAAGCAAUUACCACCCUUUUUUCUUCAGAACACGAGCUUGUGACCUGUUGUUACAGCCGGACAACCUGGCUUGUAAACCCUUCUGGAAGCCUCGGAACCUGAAUAUCAGCCAGCAUGGUUUGGACAUGCAGGUGUCCUUCGAUCACGCACCGCACAACUUCGGCUUCCGUUUCUUCUAUCUUCACUACAAGCUCAAGCAUGAAGGACCUUUCAAGCGAAAGACCUGUAAGCAGGAGCAAAAUACAGAGACAACCAGCUGCCUCCUUCAAAAUGUUUCUCCAGGGGAUUAUAUAAUUGAGCUGGUGGAUGACACUAACACAACAAGAAAAGUGAUGCAUUAUGCCUUAAAGCCGGUGCACUCCCCGUGGGCUGGGCCCAUCAGAGCUGUGGCCAUCACAGUGCCACUGGUGGUCAUAUCGGCAUUCGCGACGCUCUUCACUGUGAUGUGCCGCAAGAAGCAACAAGAAAAUAUAUAUUCACAUUUAGAUGAAGAGAGCUCUGAGGCUUCCACAUACACUGCAGCACUCCCGAGAGAGAGGCUCCGGCCGCGGCCGAAGGUCUUUCUCUGCUAUUCCAGUAAAGAUGGCCAGAAUCACAUGAAUGUUGUCCAGUGUUUCGCCUACUUCCUGCAGGACUUCUGUGGCUGUGAGGUGGUUCUGGAUCUGUGGGAAGACUUCAGCCUCUGUAGAGAAGGGCAGAGAGAAUGGGUCAUCCAGAAGAUCCAUGAAUCCCAGUUCAUCAUUGUGGUUUGUUCCAAAGGCAUGAAGUACUUUGUGGACAAGAAGAGCUACAAACACAAAGGAGGUGGCCGAGGCUCCGGGAAAGGAGAGCUCUUCCUGGUGGCGGUGUCAGCCAUUGCCGAAAAGCUCCGCCAGGCCAAGCAGAGUUCGUCCGCGGCGCUCAGCAAGUUCAUCGCUGUCUACUUUGAUUAUUCCUGUGAGGGAGACGUCCCUGGUGUCCUAGAGCUGAGUACCAAGUACAAACUUAUGGACAAUCUUCCCCAGCUCUGUUCCCACCUGCACUCGCACGACCACGGCCUCCGGGAGCCGGGGCAGCACGGGCGACACGGCAGCAGAAGGAACUACUUCCGGAGCAAGUCAGGCCGGUCCCUGUACGUCGCCAUUUGCAACAUGCACCAGUUUAUCGACGAGGAGCCUGACUGGUUCGAAAAGCAGUUCGUUCCCUUUCAUCCUCCUCCACUGCGCUACCGGGAGCCAGUCUUGGAGAAAUUUGAUUCAGGCUUGGUUUUAAAUGAUGUCAUGUGCAAACCAGGGCCCGAGAGCGAUUUCUGCCUAAAGGGAGAGGCGGCCGUUCUUGGGGCAACUGGGACAGCCGACUCCCAGCUCGAGAGUCAGCACGGGGCCCUGGACGAAGACGCGGAGGCCCGGCCAGGCCUUGACGGUGGUGCCGCCCUGCAGCCCCUGCUGCACACGGUGAAAGCCGGCAGCCCCUCGGACAUGCCACGGGACUCAGGCAUCUAUGACUCGUCUGUGCCCUCAUCUGAGCUGUCUCUGCCACUGAUGGAAGGACUCUCGACGGACCAGACGGAAACGUCUUCGCUGACAGAGAGCGUGUCCUCCUCUUCAGGCCUGGGUGAGGAGGAACCUCCUGCCCUUCCUUCCAAGCUCCUCUCUUCUGGGGUGUGCAAAGCAGAGCUUGGUUGCCGCAGCUGCACUGAUGAACUCCACCCGGUCGCCCCUUUGUAACAAAAUGGAAGAGUCUAAGCAUUGCCACUUUAGCUGCUGCCUCCCUCUGAUUCCCCAGCUAAUCUCUCUGGUUGUAUGGCCCACUUGGAGCUGAGGUCUCAGGCAAGGAUAUUUGGAGUAAAAUACCGGCCAGUGCUUGUUCUCCCUUGCCCCAAACCUCUACCAGUUAUCUGGGCAAACUCUCCAAUUUUCUAAAAUGAUAUGGAGAUCUGAAAGGCAUGUCCAUAAGGUCUGACAACAACAUUUGGUUAGUCCUUGGAUCAGGGCCAGUUGUGGGAGGUAGGGAAGAAAUAUGUACAGAAAAACAGGAAGAUACUACACUGAUCAUUCAGACUUCAUUGAGCUCUGCAAACUUUGCCUGUUUGCUAUUGGCUACCUUGAUUUGAAAUGCUUUGUGAAAAAAGGCACUUUUAACAUCAUCACAGCCACAGAAAUCAAGUGCCAGUCUAUCUGGAAUCCGUGUUGUAGUGCAGAUAAUGUCCUCAUUUAUUUUUGAUGUAGAAUUAACAUUGCCAUGGGUGUUAAAUAAGCUUUGAGUCAAAAGUCAAGAAAGUGACUGAAUAUAUAGUCACCUUUUAUGAAAUGAGUCUCUGUGUUACUGGGUGGCAUGGCUGACUGAAGUGAAGGUCACAGGGCCUGGCCGAUCAUCUUGACCAUUCCAUCCGAGAUAGGUUGGUCAACAUGCAGAAGGCCCCAGGACCUCAGCACAGGCGGUCUCCUGUUGGUCUGAGUAGGCAUCAUGCAGGGGCCAGAUCUUAUUGCUGUAUCUCAGAUGUUGGUGUCUGGAAGUUUAUUCUUAAGAGACUGCUACCCAGUUGGUCUGAAUUAUUUAAAGUUGUAGUUCGUGCUUUGGUUAGUCUCUGGUCUAAAGCUGUGCCCUGAAUAUUAGAGAUCAGAAUUCGCUGAAAUAUAGCAGUGUGUGGAGGUGAUGGCCAGUUAAUCUGCUGAACUGGUUUUGACUAAUGACAAACCUCUUUUUAAGAAGGGAGAAUGGAGGAGGCAGUCACAAAAGUAAAUGUUCCAUUUUUAUGAAUGACUUUCUACAAAGUUUCUAUUUUUAAAGAAAAAAUAAUUGUUCACAUCUCAUCUGAUGACUAGCAUGUGUGUGGUGAAUGAUGUCUUAGUCUCACCUGUGGAAACCCCUCUCCCUGUGCCUUACAGCAGGUGUGGACGUCUCUCACUACCUUUCUCAUGGGUGCUGUUGGAUUUUGGCACCCUGUUUUCUCAGCAUUCACCCCAGGGACUGUGGUUUUCACUCCUUCCUCAGAUAGGACCAACAUGAAGGAGUAUGCUGAGAAACACCCUGAGGCAGAGUGGGAGGUGGGAUGGGGCAGGACUUUCCCUUCCAAGCACAUGCUUGGCAGGUGGGGAAAGGGGGGCUUGCACCCCUGCUGGAAAGAAAAGUUUUGUGUAUAUUUCUGAUGCAAAUGUCAUACUCACUGCUCUGUAAAGGCAGCUGGCAGCUUUUGGGAGAAGAACGUGCUCGUCUGUUCUGUGGCAUCAAAUUUCCUGCAGCUGCUCUGAGGGAGAGACAGUGAGCUGCAAGACUAUCUCCCCAUAAAACCAGGCAGCUCAGAGGAGAGUCAUUUCAUGUUCCUGUGAAAUCUGGAAUGAGUGCAAAGCUCCUACCCACACAUGACUGCCCCGCUGUUUCAUCCUAGGCAUACAUCCUGUGAAGGAGAUUGGUUAGUACAAACUUGCUAACAUAUGAAAAUCCACUUGGAACAUUAUGAGAAAUUUCUUAUUGAGGCCAAGAGAUGUUUCCUGUCCCAAAGGAACCAUUAGGAACCACUUUAAGGAUAUUCAGCUUUGCUCAUGAAAUAAGGCAUCUCUGAGAAAGUGGCCUCAGGGAGAGAAUGGAGGACUGGGAGGAGAAGCAUUAACUGGGCUCCAAGGGUGUGGGCAGAGAGCUUGCUACAUGAAUGCACUCCUUAUGAAAAUGGAAGGGAAAAAGGGAGUGCUACUUAAAAAAUCAGGGGAUAUUUAGUUUGGAUUCAACUUAUGUUGAAAUACUAAUGUUUCUGAUCAACAAAAUCAAACUCUUAAUAUACCAAGUAAUGAAACGACAGUGUGAUUGCCUGAGAAUAAAUUGAGAAAUCCAACUUCCUAGUUUUGCUUCAUUGGUUUCACAUUUUCUACUCUCCCCAUUGUGCUAGAAAUGGAAAUUGUUGCCCUGCAGAUUAAGACAAAACAUCUGUUUUAAGCAAAGCAGCAUUUUUAGAUUCAGAAACUGUCCCAGACAAUGGAUAUAAUAAGAUGAAAUUCAGAAAAAGGUUCUGCCAAGUCACAGGCCUUUAGAUAUUGCGGAAACAAGAAAUGGAAAAUAGGGAUAAACUCCAUGAGAGACCUUGAUCUUGAGAGUAAAAGGCUUGUGUGGAUAGGUUAGACAAUAUCCACUAGAAAGGAGACCAGGGGUAAGUCCAGGGUUCCAGGAAACCAAGAAGACUGCAGGUCGCUGAAGGUAGUGUGCUAGUUGUUCAUCUUAAUUUACCAAUGCUUUACAGAAAGGACUUAGCAUCUGAUGUAGUCAGCUUUGCCAGGAGAGUGAUCAAGGAGGUUAAAGCUCAGGUAAAGGGGUGUUCUUCUCAGAGAUUGGCUACAAGCCACAGAGACCACCUCAACAGACCCAGCUCAGCCAUACAGGGUACAGAAGCUCCUCCAGAGGGCUGUCUUGGGCCUUUGAGGCAACUGAUCUCCAGAAAGAAUCAGAAGUCAUUCCAGUCCAGGCUCAGGUAUUCAGAUGGUGACCCAGCCAGAUAAUAGUAUCUUGAGCCAAAAAUGAGAUCAGGCCAUAAAGUUAGGAGACAGAGUUUUUGAUUGACAUGUUAGCAAUAACUGAAGACAGUCUCAGAAGUUCAGUAAAAUGUCUUUAGCAAUGGCGACAUCAUUGGGAUCAAUGUGUAGUAAGUCAUGGAUCUUUAAAUUUAUAUAUGUUUGUCAAAGUUCAGUCUUAUAACUUCAUAGCCACAACUAUCUUUUCAAAAAUACCAACUGUUAGUCUAGGGUCUCCUGACUUCAGUGCACAUAAACAGGAAGACUGUCAUUCCAAAAAUGUGGGGUUAUAUGAUUUUCAGAGCCUUUUUUUCAGAGUUGAGCAUCUUUUCCUUUAAAAGAAAUAAAGGGCAAGAGGACCAAUUUUAUUCCUGGAGGAAAAAUGACACACCCUCCUCCCAAAAGAAAGAAAACUCUGGCCCCCACAACUUCAACACUAAUUGGGCUCCCUGAGAAGGGAGAAAAUAUUCUGUCUUUAUUGAAGAGAAAUGGACAAUGCCAAUGUGAAAGUUCCUAGUCUUAUUUUCUAUUGGUGAAGACUACUAGACUACUAUUGCUCUUAUUUAGUAGAUCUUAUGCCUUCAGGAGUCACCAUUAUAGCAGGUGAGGUUGAAGGAAAACAGCUGUGUGAUGAUAAAUAGUAAUUAAUAUACUUUGUCAGUGUCAGAGAGCAAUAGAGGAUGGUGGUGACUGUGGCAAACUGAAGCGUUCCUGUUCCACCCACAGGGGGCAGUUUUCCAGCAGACUGUGACUAUGAAGUAUUUCCUGAUCUUCUCAUUUUUCAAGAGAAGCUGCCAAUCUGGAUUUUUAUUUGAAAAAUUCCGAUUUGAAAAAAUAUUGGCAACUAAGUUUAAAAAAUUUAAGUGAAUUUAGACGCAGAAGAUGUGGAUGGACUUGAUUUGCUCCACUGACAACCAGUUUGUCACCUCUGCUUUAUAAGAUUUGAAGUGAAAGGCAUCCAUAGUAAUCAUUGAUGGUGCCAACAGAAAAUGCUGUUGGUAAAUGCAGCCAGUAGCUAGAUUGCUUCUUUCUUCCAUCUCUCCUGCAAAGAAAUUUGAUGUGAUUCUGAAUGCAUUGGAUGUGUCUUGAUUGCAUCUUUGCAUUUCAUGUUGUCUUAAAGGCAAGCCAGUUGUUAAUUUCAAAAUCAAAUUUAUGCUGUCUCAGUUUAAAAAAUGCUAGGAACAAUUUCACUUAAACUCCACAACCUAAAGGGCUAAACUUGUUUAUAGUUUUAGCUCUUGGCAUAAUAAUUUUUUUAAAAUGCUGUGCAAUUCUGAGCAUAGGCCAAGACAUGAUCAGGAAAGCAGGGAUUUGUAGUGAGUAAGGCAGGGAAUCUCCUGGUGUCCAUCAGAGCCAGGUAUUUGCUUUAUCUUCCGUUUUAAGUGAUCUGUGAAUUGACUCUGUUUUGGAGGUGUGAAACAGUAUACAGACAAAAGCUUUUCCUGAUGUUGAGAUAUCAGCUAGGAGUCCAAGUGGGGUAUUGGGUCACCCUUGCCAUAUCACCUCCUUUCCAGGCUCAGGGUGAAAAUAGACAAAAGGAAAUCUGACUGCAAGCCAGUAGCUCUGAUUCCAGUUUCAGAGUUUAGGGACUGGAGAAAGUUUAGAUUAUCUAGCAUGUUCUCCCCCUGGUGUCAGACAGGGCUGUGCCUGAAUUAUUCCAGACAUAUGGCUGUAGAUGAUAUUCUGUGUUUUCCAAGAAGGAGAUUCUGUAACCUACUUUGCUGAUCAGAUAGUUCUUUGUAUGUCUUACAGAAAUUCAAGCCGGCUUCCUUUUGUUCAGCAUGUAGUGGAGAAAGAACAGCUGGUCACCUUCCAUGUAUUUAAAAACCACAGUGAAGUCAUCCCCCUGGUGUUUUUAUUUCAGUGAUAAAUAAUUCCACCCACUUAAACCAUUCUUCAUGGCUCUUGUUUUCCAGGGGCCUAAUAAUUUCACUGUUACAAUGUUUCUCAGCUUCACACUCAGUUUAGUUACCCAAACAGAAUGUUGUUGCCUUACUCACAUUGGUGCCUUGUGAAGACCAGGCUCAGGGUGGGGAUUAUGGGGAAAUUCUUGCACGCCCAGCUCCUCUUUCCACUUAUAAUGGCACUUUCACUAAAUGGAAUGUUGCCUAUAUUCAUUGCGAAUUAUAUGACUACCACAUUUUUCCCUAGGUGAUAGUCAUCCAUCAUAUCGUAUGUUUGUUUUACUCCUGAGAUCAAACACUUGGUGCUUAUUCCUGAUGUAUUAAUGUCAUUCCUGAGCUCCUUCGAGAUACCCUGUUGAGACCAGCUCUUACUUUCUGAGUGGCAGCUACCCCUUCCCUCCCAAUUUUAGAUCCUGUUUUUACACAGCUCUAUAGACAUCACCUUUAUUUCAUGACCCACAAUAUUAAAUGGUGCAGACUUCGGUUUAACCACUGGUGAGGUAACAGCAGUAGUUGCUAAGUGCCACCUUCCCAUUGCCAUUUGAGGGCUAAUUUGCAAAGACAUUUGAAUCUUCCAGUGAAGAUGUCUGGGGAAUUUUGGCCAGUUGUCUUCCCUCUGGCUCUUUUGCUCUUUAAAAUUCAGCCGGGACCACAGACACCUCCAGGAUCUUGUUUAUGUUCUACGCUCAAUUGACCAACCACAAUCAGAAGUCUCACAAAAACAGUUAUGACUACGUAGCUGAUGUUUAUAUCAUAUAAAGUUUCAGGAAGAUUCAGAGGGAAUCUUCUAUUUGUACAUGAUGUAGACAAAAUUAGCUGCUCCAGUUGUUAGACAAAAAAUUGCCACUGGAUUACACUAACAUGCUUGUCUUUUUAAAAAGUGUGGUAUGUUUCUCUAAAGAGAAAAGCAUGAUGAGUCUGGACAGCAGCAAAAGCUUCUGUGAAAACCAAUGUGUUCAUCUAGACAGUAAGUAACUCCUAUUUUUACUGUUUUUAAAAAGAGAAUUUUUCUCUGUGAAGACUCCCUGUUACUAUGUCCUAGGGGAGAAAGCCUGUGGAAUACAGUGGUUAUUGAUGGUGUUGCCUUUGUUUCAUCUUUAAGUUUGUCCUUUUUGGGAUCUGGCGGGAUAGUGAGCACUGAUGGAACUGUAUCAGUGUGCUGUAUUUUUGACAUUGAAAAUGUUAAUGACUUAUUUGAUUUGUACAUAACUCUGUAAAUAAGUGAAAGUAGAUCACAGCUGACAUUUACAAAAUGUUUUUGUACCUUAGAAUUUCUGCAUUAAAUAAAAUGUUUUAAGAUUGUA